AUGAAUCUCGGCGGCUUGUUUACAUUACCGUUAUUUCUGCAUAUCUGCAAUGGGGCAUUGCUUCCAGUCCCCAAAUGCAAGAUCUCUGACACAAAAUGUCUGAAGGCAUCAGCACAAGCAGCGGUGCCACUGCUGGCCCCCGGUAUUCCAGAAAUCGGUGCACCACCAUUAGACAUUAUGCACAUCGACCUAAUCAAAGUGAACCUAGCAGGGCUAAAUAUGGUCGUAAAGGACGCAGUGCUGAAGGGUUUGAAGAAUGCCAAGAUCGACAAGAUUAGUAUGGACAUGGCUAAGAAAGAACUUAAGAUAGUGUUCUCCGUGGAUGCAGAGAUGAAGGGAAAAUACAAGGCUUCGGGACAACUCCUCAUCUUGCCCAUCAGCGGUGAUGGUGACCUCAUGAUGAAGAUUAAAAACGCAGAGCUUAACGUCACCAACACAUUCGAAGUUGUCAAAAACGCAGACGGUAAAGAUGUCAUCAAAUUGAAAGGUUUCCGUUUCACGUAUGACAUUAAAGACGGGGCUUCGUAUUAUCUCACCAACCUAUUCAAUGGAAAUAAAGAACUGAGUAACACGCUACUCAAGUUCUCGAACGAAAAUUGGAAAUUGUUGUCGGAAGAAUUUGGAGAGCCGAUACUUAGGGCGUGCAUCAAAGUCAUAUUCACCAGUAUCAAGAAGUAUUUGUACGCACAUCCAUUGGAAGAGCUUACCGAGUUGUAA